UUAACUAAACAUCAAACUCUCAUAUGGAGGAGGUUUGGCAUCAUUUAAGUUUAAGUAAACUUAGGUGUGUCUGUCCAUUCUUAUGCUAGUAAUGUUAUUGAGACAAUGGAGAAGCACUUGCCGCUAGUAAACUUAGGUGUAUUAUCCUGCUCUGCACGAUGGCCAUAUUUUUUUUUUUUGAAAUGGCCAUAAAUGAUGUGUUUAUUGUGGAUGGCAGCUUAAGAUUUUUGGUUCAUUAUUGUGUUUUGGUCCUGUGGGUAUUUCUUUGUGCCAAGCACCACCAGAAGGUUCACUAGUAGCUAGGUAGUGUUUCUUACUUCUAUGUCUGAGCUAGCUCUUCUUUAGUUUGGCUAAAACUGAAUGAUUAAUUUAUUGCUUUGGUUGGUGUGAUCGUGAAUAUAGUCCCCAAACAGUUGGUAUCAUGUACAUCCAUACUCUGAAUACAUGGUCUGAAUUUCUGCAGAGACUGCAGGUUCUGAAUUACUUGCCUGUGUGUUCAUCUGCACCAAACAGUUGGUAUUCUUGUUUGUAUGAAAAGCUGCACAUAAUAUGCUAGCUUUUGGGGGCACACUACUUCCAACUGGCAACAUAAUCUGUACCUGAAUUAGUUUCUGCCAUCUUGGGUGUUCAUCUGGAUAACAUUGAAGUUUAGCGACGGAUAGUAAAAUUUGAUACCUGUGUCUGUAUGAUUUUCGCAAGGGAAAAUUAAGGGUUAUGGAAAGGCUCCUGGGUGUAAGAAUUACUUUUGUUGGAGAUGGACAUUAAAGGUUUCAUCAAGAUUUUGUUGCCUUGUUGGGAAUGAUAAAUGGAUAUUUUGUGGUGCUCCAUGCAGUAAAUGUGUAUGUGAUGCAUCAUACACUUGAGUGUUUAUAUGUUUCAUCAAGUUUGUCUGACCUGAUAUUGGAGGUAUGCCUUGGCUUUAAUAAAAGUUGGGGCGGGGGGAAACCCCUUUUGUUUCAAAAAAAUUUAUAUUGGAGGUCAACUGUACAUUGACUUGUCCUGCCCAGUGAAAUGAUAAACCCGUUCCCCUUAUAAGUUGUAAUUGUUGUGAUUGCUACGAGAGGCUUCUUGUAUUUCGCUCUAUUUCAGAGUGUAGCCCUAUUGCUUCUUGGUAUCAUUACUAACAAGUGGCAUGUCACUUUUACCCAUGCUCUUUACAAACAGAAGUACCCUCAGAUUUUAGUUUAUACAUAGAGUCAGCUGUUGUUGUCGAGGCUGCUAGUAAACUGACUUGAAUAUGCAUUUUCCUUGUUGAUCGCCUGAUUCGUUUCGAGUGUGGUUGUAGUUUGUGGAUAUGAUACUCCUUUAGUUCCACCGGAAUGGUACAUAUAUCCUGGAUGGAGGUGAUGCAUAUGUAUCCUUUUUUUUUCCUUUUCCUUUUUGUACAUUUAAAUAGAAACACACCAAUCUAGUUUUUAGAUAGCUGCUCAAAGAUCAAACUUGACUCCGGCCAAGAAUCCGUCGUUCGUAGAUACUGAUGCCCAUUACUUCAGAUUUAAUUGCUGAAAUCAAUCGGUAUGAGGAAACACUGAUAAUACUCAUUACACCAAUGUAUAUGAAGAAACCAUUAAGCGCUAUUUUCUCAGCGAGUCCGUUUAUUGGAUAUUUUGUUCUUCAAAAUGUUAUUUUUGAGUUAUUAGAGCUAGGUUGAUUGUUGUGAUUGCUAGCAGAUGCCUCUUUUACCAUUUUCAAACAUCUCAUCAUUCCUCUGUGUGUAUUUAAUUCUGUAACUAAAUUGCUACUUUGCUAGGAUGCACAAGUUGACAUUUUUCAAUUGGCCAAGCAAACUGAGUUUGUUAGUCUACGCCUUUUUCUGAUGCUGUUAACUUCCCAUGAACCCGUGCAUUUUGUUUUGUAUCUAGAUGGCCCAUAACAGUGGACUAAAGGUUGUCGGUUUCUUGAAAAGGUAAAGCACCAUCUCAUUAUUUCUGUCCACGAGAUAAGUUACCGAUAAUGGAUUCACAGUAGCGUUAGCAUUUGUAUCCAAUGAGCGAUGGGUGAUGUCCAUAACAGAAUUUCUUUGCUUUCUUUAUCAGGAUUUUAUUAGAGUGUGGCUCUGUUGCUUCUUGGUAUCAUUACUGACAAGUGGCAUACAUUCUCAAACAAAAGUACUCAUGCUCUUUACAAACAAAAGUACCCUCAGAUUUUAGUCUAUACAUACGUGUCUGUAGAAUCAAUUGUUCUUGUUGAAGCUGCUAGUUAACUGACUUGAAUAUGCCGAUCUCCUGAUUUGUUUCGAGUGGUUGUAGUUUGUAGAUAUUAUACUCCACAAGUUCCACUGGGUGGCAUGAAAAUUAUGUGUUACUUGUCCCUUUGCUUUGUGCUGGUUGCUGCUAGUACUUGGAGAUAAGCUUUCCUCUGAGCACUGCAAAUCGUUGAUAGAACUCUCUCUGUGAUGCAACAGUGGUUUAACAUGGUGGUGUGGAAGUGUCGUGGCUCGGCUGUGGGAGCUAGAGACCUUAUCAUGCAGAGAUCUUAUCAUGCAAAUCUCAUGUAUGCUGGCUGUAAAGGUUGGAACUGAAAGCAAUGGGAUAUCAGCCGUGUGCUUGCAGUAACACAAAGGAGAUGGUUCCAUGGUAUACUGGCGAAGAGCUCUGACUUGAUGAUCUGUUGUGUGUCUCUUCUCUGGUGCCUAGCUAGCUAGUGGGAAUUGUAGAAACAAGAUACAGGUAGGGAAUGGGUUGAUUGAUGAAUGCAGUGACGUACCAGGAGAAGAUGUUCUAAAACUGGAUUUGGAUGCAUUGUGAUAUCCUCUUCUUCCGGGUGAUCGAUGAAGCAUGGAGCCUGGGGUUUUGCGAUUCUGAAGGCUCUGUUAGUUGAUGAUGCCCUGCCCUGAAGCAGUUUCAGUAACAAGUAUGAUGCACUCGCGGGAGUUUUAUCCUACACUGCUCAUUUUGAAUUCUGGAAGGUAUGUAUUAUCCUAUAUAUUGUAAUACACAAGGUGAGACCCGUGUGUGUUGUCGCCUGCCUGCUGGAUUCAUCAGCUCAACUGAGUGGAGUGAGGGAACCUCCUCAACGAAUAAUAAGUUGAAUAAAGUAGAUACAUCUGGUGGUCUAAUUAAUCCGUACAUUGAUGAGCUCCAUGCUGUUUUGCUUAUGGUGUCUUGGAUCUUCACUUGGAUGUAAUUGAACGAAUCAGAGAGCAUGUAAAAAAUCAAUUUAUAUGUUAUAUACAUUUGUACUCUGAAUCUGAAUGAUAGUUGAAAUUUAACUCUGAAACUCUGAAUCUUUCAGACUUCAUGGGUGAACUCUGUCCUUACACCCAAGUCAAGUGCAAAGCUAUAUCAGUAAGGGUUUAAACAUCUUACAGGGGCCAAGUUAAUUUGAAUCAGAGCUUAAAUGUAACAACAAUUGCUUUUUUCUUUCAAUGUCAUGUUUUAUAUUUGGCACCAGAAAUUUGAUGCUAGCUGGCUUACACUAGAUUUUUGAGUGUUGUAAAAAUGAUAUCUCCACAACUAUAUCAAGCUUGUGCUGCUGAUCUUUGCGUCAGAACUUAUUAAUGCCAGAUGUGAUACUGGCCGGCAUAAAUUACCAGCUAUCAAGAAUAUUACUGCCAGAGAACAUAUCAUCAAAACUAUCUUCAUAUUUAACAUAUUUGUGUACAUUAUGGUUUGCUUCCAUGGUUCGUAGGCUCCUGAACUCCUGUUUUUAUUUAGGCGUGAAUGUGCUUCACUACUCGAUACUUUCUUAUGCUAUUUGUUAGCUUAUGAGAUGACAACAAGAUUAUAUCGUACUGCUUGUUCUCUGCAAAAUCUAGUGUCCUCAUAUAUGAUUUGGAUUGAUCCUGGUGGUCCAUUGGUUCAAUAGGUACUCAUGCAGUCGAGCUAUUUAUAAUUCGGGAGUCCUACUUCAAGAGAUAUGUUAUAGGCAUAUUUAAACUGGAAUUAUUAACUACAUUUUCCAUUGACAGGUCACCAUGGUUGUCUUGCAAGAUCAUCCUGCCUUGCCAUAUUAGCAUUAUCUUAAUCUGUGGGAUUUUUCGAAUCUGUGGGCAUGCACCUGCAAUUCCUCAUGAGUCAUGACAAGCAAUCACCCUUCUGACUAGGCACUGGUUUUCUUGUGUAUAAUUCCAGGUGUUUAUUGAAGGUUUUGUCUCUUUUCUUUUUUUGCUAUAGUUGGCUUGGCUGUAUACCUUUUGAAAUCGGGGGCAUGUGGUGCAGUAUGAGGUAUGUUCUUAAUACUCCAAUUCUAUUUGAAGUGAUUCCCACUUUUUUUUUUAAUUUCUCAAAUCACAGAUAAGAAUAUUUUUUGAAAUUACAUAUGCCCUCUAAUUACUGAGGGAUGACAAACAUUUAAUUUGGUUUAAUCUGCAUAUUCUAUCAACAUGGAAAUAACAUUACAUGUUGGUCUCACAGCGCAUAUGGUGCUGUCCAGGCAUAGUUGAAAUCACAGUCAACCGUCGGUUAUACACUUGCUGUUGUUUGAGCUGGUGGCUAGUUUUCUCCGAAGACAAGGUGCAUCAUGUGCUCCAUUUUUGCAGAAACAGUGGAGAGCUGACAUAUCAUGUUAGCCAAGAGUUGUUGCACUUACCACCGGGGAGUCAUGAGUCCUGAUAUGUGGCAUGUCUAUGGACUUGUUCAUCCCUGUAUUGUAUUGACAUUUGUAUUGAAACUAAGAGAGUGUGAGAUUAGGUCAUACUGCAAAUGCAUUGAAAUAUCAGUGAGUAAUAUAUUUCCAUGAAGGAAGGUCCUCAAUUUGGCCGUGGCGAUGAUAUGAGAUAGUCUAAUUUGAAGGGAACUUGUAAUUUCCCUUCGGAAGACAAUUCUGGACCCAUUUUUUGGGGGAGCAAUGUUGGACUUGUUGACGUCCAUGCAUCUUUGUUUGAAGAGAUUAGUGUCCGGUAAAGACUGAGCCUCCUCUGUUUGCACCAAUCAAAGAUGUGAUACUGGCCGGUGAAGGACAGGCCUGGCACAGUGGGAAGCACUCCCCACUUGUGCCAAGUGGUCUUGGGUUCGACGCAGCCUGUCUGCAUUGCAUUGUGCAGGGCUCUAUUGUCCUUGUUGCGGGUAGCCAUGGCGGCCCCAAUGUUGAACCAGCCCAACGGCCUCCUUGCCAACAUGUUCGCUGCGGGUUUGCUGGAUGAUCAGUUCCAGGAGCUGCAGAUGCUCCAGGAAGGGAGCGCCCCAGACUUCAUCGUCAAGGUUGUCUCACUCUUCUGCGAGGACGGCGAGCGUAUCAUCGGCGAGAUCGCCAAGCUGCUGGACAAGCCAUGUGUGGACUAUGACAAGGUGGGUGGUUUUGUGCAUCAGCUCAAGGGAAGCAGUGCAAGUCUUGGUGCUCAGAGAGUGAAGAACAGUUGCAUUCAGUUCCAACAGUGUUGUCAGGAGAAGAGCAGAGAUGGGUGCCUGAACUCACUGCAAUCUGUGAGGAACGAUUUCUAUGAUCUGUGCAGCAUGUUCAAACCACAUGCUUCAGCUGUGCCAGCAGGUCCAGGCCUUAAUCCUAAAGUAUAGACUUGAGCGAUAAAGCUGGAGAUGCAUUUUCUCAUGGUACAACACAUGUUCAACCUAGCUUAUAGCUUGGAGUCAUUUGCUUAUGUGGGGUAUGUAGCUGCCGAGUGGCAAGCUAAUCAUCUACUAGUAUCGAUGUCUUUGUUACUGUCCGUAGUUUCAUUUGGAAUUCUGAGUGGUCAAAUAAAAAAUUCAGCUGUGGUUGUUUUGUGGAUUAUUGGUGGUUAAUAUGGUGUCU